CAAGGGAGGUUCCAAGUUUAUUACUUAUCAUAUAUGAGAUGCAGCCACUGUGCUACAAGCGCAAUACUCUUCCUAGAAGGCACCACCGAGUUGUCUUACAUAUUAAUAGGCACUGCUUCAUUAAUUCGCGCUACACAUUCUCUCUUAUUUUUAGCUUCGUCAUAUACUCUCAAUUGUCUAUAUUACUACGUAGGAACAUGCAGGCCUCGAAGUUGUGUAGGCUCGUCUGCCUUCACCCUCCUCAUUCGACUCGUCAUUUUUUCUUCUUUGGUUGCAAUUUAGGAUGGAGUUCACGAACAUAUCUCUGUUCCCACAUUCUCAGAACAUCCCCGGCAGGCAAGAUGCCAUCGACCACGCCGGCAGAAUCGACAAGGAACCUUAUGUGGUGGUACUGAGCAUCUUUUUUGGCACUGCUAUUCUUUGCGUCGUAGCACGUUUCGGUAUCCGCUUCUUUGGUCAUCGAAAAAUUGGCUGGGAUGACGGCUUCGUACUUCUCGCAGCUAUAGGCCUAGCUGCAGGUUUCGGCGUGUGCAUUAAAAUGCUGAAUGUCUUAUUCCUAGUCGAGGCUAUAAACAAGAAAGUUGUCGCGUUUCCUUUUCAGGAAGAAGUGCCACAGAUACUGGAAGUAACCAAGUGGUCUGCUAUUUUCGCGGUUACCAGUUGGACCUCAGUCUACCUAGUGAAGUUUGCGUUCAUGAACUUCUUCUAUGCCCUUAUUCAGGGGAUGCCUAGCCGGAUUACCAGGUUCUACUGGUCGACAGUUGGCAUUAGUAUUGUCUGUUGGAUAUACACAGUCUCGAGCUUUUUCAUCGUCUGUCCCCAUUUCGGUGCGGAUUCAUUCAAGUGCGGCGCAUAUCCCCACCAACACGUUAGAAGUCUCGUAAACAACAUCCUGGUUUCUGUUGUAGACAUCGGGUGCGAUAGUCUAAUCGUCACACUACCUAUAAUCGUCCUCAACCUGUCCAUGAUGUCCUUCGCGCGCAAGCUCUCUCUAGCCGCAAUCCUCUGCCUCUCAAUCGCUAUGAUCAUAUGCGCCCUCGCGCGAAUAAUCGGCACCAUUCUCGACACGGACGCAGACGGGAAUGGCUCAGCGCCGACGUGGGCGACAUUCUGGGCCGUCUUGGAAAACUGCGUGUCUGUGAUCAUGACGACUGUGAUCACGAUCCGCAGCGUGUUUAUCAAUCAACCCAUACAGCAGGAAAGACGACAACAGGAUAGUGCCUUACGGCGUUUCGUACGUCGCCGUUUACCCUGGCUGCGCAGUGGGAAGCAUGGCACCCCGCGAUCUGUAGAAUGCCAGCAGUUCGUCGACGCAGGUGCACCGAAGAUCGCCACGCUAGGGCUGACGCAAGCUACAAUGAGUGAUGUUAGGAGAUUCGUUAGCGGUAGUACCGAUGUCGAACGUGAAGACGUCACGCUGAAAACCGUAGAUACGGGUUAUACCCUUGAGCACAUGGAUUACCAUAGUAUUCAGAGGGAUGGAAUAAAACGGUCUGCCACAGCGACCAGUGAGAUGAAUUCUGAGGGGCCGAAUUGAAUGUUGAUUAAAUUGAGGUAGGGCUACAAGAUUUCUCGCUGGGUCGGGUAUGAGUCGCAUAGGCAUCAUUUUGGGUAUGAUGUACUCGUUUCAUGACUACGAUCUGGGCGUUUCUGUUAUGCUUGAGUUGAUGUGGUAGGAGAUUACGGUUUAUGGUUUAUACAGGGGCCUAACUUAUGAUCGUGGAGGCGUACUGCAUUAUGUCUUUGUAAUUACAGGGACAUAUAGCGCAUAUUCCACUAUAAAAUUAGUGGCCAGAUUGGAAGGUUUAUAAUGCAUUUGCUGCGUUUAUAGCACCACUACAGCGCCUUACAUCACAUAUCCCACCUAAAGCCUCCCAUAACUACAGAGCCUUAUAGCGCCUCGCUAAAGCCACGCUUACCUAAGGUUCUCAUCACAAUUUACAAUCAACAUUC